AUCUCAACAGCCAGACAGAUUCAUAGUCAUUGAAAGACGCUGAUAUAGACGAGACAGAGAUUCAUCUAUCUUAUACCUUUCACCUUUGAGAAACACAUCACCAGAUUCCUCCAACCCAAAAUGUCCGCCUCAAUCGCCCCCGAGUGCAACGAUAUCAAAGAAAAAUACGACACAUGUUUCCUGAAAUGGUACAGUGAAAAAUACCUCCGUGGCAACACCACUUCCAAUGAAUGCGAGGAGCUCUUUACCAAGUACAAGGCUUGUUUGAAUCUCGCUCUAAAAGAAAAAGGCAUCGACAGCAUGCUCGACGAUGCCCGGAAGAGUAUGAAGGAUAGCGAGGCCGGGAAAAGCUGAUUCGGCUGUUUUCGCUUCUAUCCUUUCUUGCAUCGUCUCUCCUCUCUUGCAAAUAUUCUAUCUAAGGGAUGAGGUCCAUCUCCGCUCCCACUAACGGUGCCAACGAGGCCCAGAAUCCCGCCCUAAGCAUCUAUCUCAUCUGUCUGAGCCGCGGGGACUGUUGAUUUGCCACCCGAGCAAAGAACGGAUUUAUGCGAGUGUACGAUAUGUCAUUUUGGCGUUAUGGCAGCAUCGGUUUAGAUGCUCGCUUUUGUGGUGGGAGUUGUGGCAUUGAGCAAUAUGGCUCAUUUUGGGUCAACGCAAGCUGUCUGUAUACGAUGGGAUAUUGGUUACUCUCAUCUCCGCACAUUCUAUAUAUUGCAUCUAGCGCUCUAUGUAUCGUGUAUCAACAUUAUUUACUAUAUUAUGUAAUACGCAUCAAUCAUGUACUAUCGAU